UUCUUCGGGAUGUUCAACCUGAACACAUCAGCGCAGGCGAACUCUUGCAUCGUGAUCGGUUUUGCUUCGCUGUUCAUCUGGCACGUUGUUCGCUUUUACCGGAACGUGUCGAGGCACCCUAGAGGUCCCUUUCCAUGGCCUAUUGUGGGAAACUUGCUUGCGGUUGGAGCGAGGAAACACUUCAAGGAGAGUAUCUUGGCAUGGACAGACAAGUACGGCGAAGUAUUCACCUUCUGGAUGGGCGAAAAGCCUGUCGUAGUCUUGGGCAGUCACGCUAUUGUUAAGGAGGCGUUCAUAGCUAAGAGAAACUCCUUUGGUGGACGACCUCCUUGUAAUAUGGGGGCAAUGCACAAGCAGCAAGGAGAUCAUGACAUCAUUUUUGAAGAUGCAAACCUAACGUGGAAAGCGCUCAGAAAAGUCGCGUUGGCUGCAGUGAGGAAGCAUACCUCUAGCGAAAACCUAGAAGUACUCUGCUGUGACGUCGUCGAUGCCUAUGUGAAUUCGUUACAUGGCGAGAUGGUUACAGUAAAAGCGAGAGAUCCUCUAUUGUUCAUCAUUUUCAACAUAACGGCGGCAUCGACAUUCAGCACAAAGUUCGACGUCAACAGCCCGGACUUGUUGCAACUGGCCAACAUAAACCGAGGCCUGCCCGACAUGUCUCCGCUGCAGAGCGAUAUUGCCCCGUGGCUUGGUGUCUUGCAGUGGCGCCUGGAGAGGUCCUUUUGUCGCCACAUGAAUGAACUGCUGGCCCUGUUCAGCCGCCUGUACGACAAGACCAAAGACGAGUAUGUUCAGGGUAAAGAACUCAACUUCGUGCAUGCUAUUUUGGCUGCCAGAGAGGAAGCCAUCGAACAAGACAAGAACGACGCUAUCUACUUGACCGAAAGAAACAUGAUGCAAAUUGCGCUGAACUUAUUCGAAGCCGGCUUAAACACUUCAGUGAGUGCCGCUGACUGGCUGCUUCUUGAGCUCGUGCGCAACCCGGACAUCCAGAGGAAAGUCCAGAGUGAGAUCGACACUGUGAUUGGUGAGAGGCGACCAACCAAGGAAGACAGUGAUAGACUGCCCUUCACAGUGGCCUGCAUCCUGGAGGUCCUGCGACUGUACCCUCCCGCCCUGCUGGGGUUGCCUCGCCGAGUGCAGAAUGACGAAUGGCUAGGCGGUGUGCUAAUACCCAGGAACGCUAUUGUCCUCUACAACAUAUUCAAAUCUGGCCGUGACCCGAGCUUAUGGGAAGAUCCAUUAUCCUUCAAGCCCCAGAGGUUCCUGGACGCUUUGACGGGUGCGCUGUCCACCAAGGACAAAUCCGCGCUGCUGUCCUUCGGACUGGGCGCCCGACGCUGCGUUGCGGAAAAGCUCGUGCCCACCAUUCUCUUUUACGUUCUCGUCAGGCUGAUGCAGCGCACGACCUGGAGCCUGCCGCCUGGCGAGGUUUACGACCCCACGCGAACCGACGGCACAACACUGCUGUUGGCACCGGCAGACCGGCGUGUAAUCGUCGCCAAGAGAAUGAAAUGAAAAUACGUCGUUUACAGAACCUUAUUGUGUGCUGUGGUGGACGAACCAAACCUGAAUGGCAUAUUGAUGUGCUUGAUUGGUACCUCGGCUUCUGCUAGGCCGUCCUUC